AUGACCGACGACUUGUGUCGCGAGCUGCAGCAGCUCUCGACUGUGGAGCUCCGAGAUCUUUUAAGCGCUAGUGGUCAUGGGGAUCUGCUUCGCGAAGACGAAAGAGAUGAAAAGACGGAGACCAUAGCAGACGAGCAGCUCGUGAUGGACGUGAAGAACGAAGGGAACGCGUUAUUCCGCCAAGGUCUCAUGGUCGACGCUAUUUCUGCCUACACUCGAUGCCUUGAACUGGACUCGACUAACGCUAUCUGCCUUUCGAACCGAGCUGCAGCCUAUUUGAAGAUGAAGCAGUUCGAUCAUGCCAUCACGGACUGCUCCAAGGCGAUUGAGGUGGCACCUACAAUAAAGUCAUACAUGCGCAGAGCGACCGCGUACAUCGCGUUGCAGCAAUUUGUUGAAGUCAUCAUCGACAUUGAAGCAGCACUUCAGUUUGAGCCGUGCAACAAAGAGUGCUAUACGAAGCUUCAAACUAUUGUGGACACUGCUACAGACGUGUCGCAGCAUGCAGCUAGUGCUACACUGCGGAGAGCGGCUGUGCGAGCUGCUGCGAUUGUGUCCGUUCGUAAAGGGUGGAAAAUGCAUGCAGUACGAGGUAACCCAGGUCCGGCUGCUGUGAAUGGACAUACGCUUUUCCAAGGAACAGACGAGCGAGUUUUUCUGUUUGGUGGAAGAGCUGUGCGCGAUCAAAAGCCUAAUGUGUAUGUCCUGGACGAAAGUGAUAAUUCAAGCUGGGAGGUGGUGCCUAUUCGAGGCACAAUUGCACCAUCAUCGCGUGCGUGGCAUACGACCACGCCUAUCGGCUACAGAAAUCGAGAAUUUUACUGUGUAUACGGCGGGGUAUCGUCACGAGGCGAAGACUCUAGAGUUUAUCUACUGGACUCUGAUUUACGCCGCGGGUUUAGAUGGCUGCAGCCGCGCUGCUUGCAACAUUCUGAUGAGGCACCUACUUCCCGAUCAGGCCAUGCAGCAAUAUCAAUUGUGGAAGAGAGUGGUCAUCGAGUUGUGUACAUUUUUGGUGGGCGAACGAAGCAAGGUGUAACCAACCAAUUACUAGUCUUGCGAUGCUGUUCGCAACUUGAUGUCGCUCCUGUAGGCACUGAUGGUGUGGUGGACCCGACAAUAACUUGGGAUGAGAUAUGUCCUCAUCCUUGUGGUGAUUGGCCAUUGGCUCGGGAUGGUCACUCAAUGUGCUUGCUGCAAAGCUCGAAAUACCAUUCGCCUCGACUCAUCGUCUUCGGUGGAAAUGGCCAGCUCAACGAUGAGAAAAUGAAUGACGUGUGGAUUUACGACACAGAGGAGCAGCUUUGGACGUUGUUGGAAUGCGUUGGAGAUGUUCCACAACCACGCUCCUACCACACAGCCCAUACUGUCGGUGAAUUUAUGCUUGUUGUUGGUGGUCGUACUGCUGAGUCUGAGGAUAGCAGCUUAUACAUGUUGGACAUUGGGAGUUGCGAAUGGGUCAAGGUACCUGUUCCGAGCGACCAUACAUUAGCUCCCCGCGCUUGGCAUUCGAGUGUCCUAACCGACGGUGGUAAACUCUUUGUGUUGGGUGGUGGAACCUACACCGGUCCACUGAAAGAUGCUGCGAUGCUCGACUUGGGUUACUUCAAGACCAAGGCGCCGUUUCUGCGUCAUCCGUGA